AGAACUAAAAACUUCAUUCUAUUUCAAAUUUCAAAAUAAUACUUCAAAAAUAACCUCAAAAGAAUACAAGAUAUUUUAUGAAAUAAAUAAAAAGUAAAACAUCUAUUAAAUGCAUAAUCUAUCUUAGGUGUCGGAUAGAUUUACUAUGUGCAAAGGGUUCAUAUGAGUGAAAGUUCAGUGGUACUGUGUUAAAUUAAAACGAUUAAUUAAAUAAACAACAAUGGAGUUUGCUGAAGCUAUACCGGUUUCUUUCAAAGAAAUCACUCCAAACCAUUAUAAUUCUGAGAAAUGGAAAGAAGUCGUACUGAACACAGGAGGAACACACAGCACCCUACAAGACAUCAAACUACCAGCAAAAGCUGGUGGUUACUGGUACCAGGACUCAAAAAAAGCCAGUACAAGAAACAGAUUCAUAUACUGGCAAACCACACCAGAUGCUAUAGAGCUCACAGAAGCAUCUUUGGACAUCAACCUGUCGGGAGCCAACUUGAGAUGCAAAGUGGCUCCAGGCACCCCCCCUUUGAACGGGAUGUCAGUCUGGGAAAGACCAAUGUCACGCGAGGUGGUAAUCCUGGCCGCCACAGUCUCCUCCGUUCACCGACUGGUGUUCCCUCAUCCAGAUGUGCUGGACAAAAAGGCUACCUUUGGAUCACUGAGCACCACAACACCCUCCAUAUUCCAUGAUACAUCGUCAUUGAACAAUCCUAAUAAUUAUUUUCUUCUGAAUCAAUAUUCAAAUUCAAGUGUCGGCGUGGCGCACACAUGCGCCUCAAUGCUGCGCGACAACGGCGAGGCGGUGUUCGCUCUAGCAUUCGGCUACGGCGGCGAGGGCGGGCUGCUGCUGGUGAAGCUGCCCUUGGCCGGAGCCGCCGUCAGCUACCAGCUGAAGAGGGAGUCUACUGUGCCGCGGUUCCUGUCCGGGAUCACUGGCGCGCUCAGAGGCAAGCCCGACGGCAUCGAGACGUACGGCGUGGUGUUGACGGGGUCGUGGGCGGUGGCCGUAUGCGCUGACGCGAGCCUGCGCGCCUGGCCGCUGGACGAGGGCGGGGCGCCCGCGGCCGUGUCGCCGCCGCUCGCCGCGCAGCCCCGGCCGAGGCCGCCACCCCACGGCCACAUGCUCCAGAAGGCCACGGCUCCGGACGGCGGCGUGGUCCUGGUGGCGUACCUGUCGUUCCCUGACGAGAGCGAGUUCGUCGUCAUGAGGAUGCAUGACAAUGGUGCCGGCGCUCUCAAGUUCGCACAAGUGUGCAGGAUUUACGGGCCUCAGUUGGAUCUCCUGGACUACUCGGUGGGCUAUGGCGAGGGCACCAACGUUAUUUGGGCGCUGUGGAGCCAACCGGAUGGGGAAACUAUCAUCACAAGCAGUGCCCUAAACGCGUCAGUAUCGUGGCGCUCUGUGGCGCCGCGCGAGCCGCCGCCGCCGCUGCCGCAGCUGCACUCGGCGCAGGCGUACCGCGACCGCCUGCUCGCCGUCGGCCUGUUCCCGCCGCCCGUCGUGUGGAAGGCACUCUCUAUAUACCGGCGCACGUGGGGCGGCGGAGACUCGGCCACGGCGGGGGAGCUCGGCGAGUGCGCGCUGGGCGCGGUGCAGGCGCGGCUGAGGCACCUGGCCGCGCGCUCCCCGCCCGCGCACCACGCGACCCUCAUGCACAAGUGUUGGUCAGACCUGUACAGCUGGUGUAUGCAGUACAUGGAGGGCCUGCAGAAGCCGCUCGGCCUCAUGGUGUGCAAACAUGUCCCGGAGUACGAGAGCGGCUGGUGGUGCGCGGUGGUGCGACGCGCCGGCAUCUCCCUAAUCCGGGAGCUGGAGCCGCUGGAGAGGAUGAUGCUGUCCAAUGACUACCCUGACUCCGACUAUGAGAAAUCCGGCGCAUCGGGCUCGCUAUCAUCGGACUGCCUGCUGGUGGUGGCGGCGGCGCGGAGCUGGGAGCGCGCCGCGUCCGUGCCCGCGGCGGACGAGCUCGAGCGGCAGGUGUUCGGCGGCCGCGCGCCGCAACACCGCCUGCUGCCGCGCCUGGUGCGGCUGCUCACCGCCACGCCGAUACUCACGCCGAUGCAGAUCGACGAAUUAUCGGCUAUUCUGGAGCCGAUCAGGGACUUGCAAAGCGCUGUUCUGGAGCUCAACGACGCUUUACGACUGGACGUGCCUGAACUUGAUACUUCCAAGGACGAAGAUGAAUGCAGUGAAUACGACAGUCUCUUCAGCAGUGAUCUGGGUGUCGCCGUCGUGACUGAAGCUAUCCGACAGAUGGCAGAGAUGAGAUCGCGUAUAGUCCGCGGCACGGUGGCGGCUUUGGGCGCGGCGCGCGGCGCGGACGCGGUGCCGGGCGCCGGCCACUGCGCCGUGCACUGGCAGGCCUACCGCGCGCUGCUGUGGCUGCGGGGGCACUGCGCCGCGCCAUCCACAUCAUCGGACGAGCUAUUCCGCCUGAAGCUCAGCGCUCUAGGCUCAGAACCUUGCGAGGCUAACAUCUCUGAGGGUGUAAUGCAAGCUUACGUAGCCCGCGCAGGGGGCUCCCGCGCCCGGCGCCACCUGAGCGCCGCUGGGGCGCCCCUCGACUGGCACCAGGCGCUGCCGCUCAUGUCGUACCAUCUGGCGCAUCAGCUCUGGGCAGUGAGCGGCGGGUUCUCAUUCGGCUGGUGGCUCGCGAGCAUCAACCAGCCGCGCGUCGUGCAGAGCUACGUGGCACUGCUGGAGCCCUGGUGCGAGUGGACCGCUUGCUCGCGUCAAUUCAUCCUCGGCCUAGCCCUGCUAGACUUAGACGAGCCAGAGGGCGCGUACUCGGCGUUCAGCAAGGCGGCCAAGGGCGUCGGCGCCGAGCCCUUCCUGCGGCAGCUGGUGGCCUCCGCCGGCGCGCCCGCCACGCAGCACCAGGCGCUCGUGCUCUACUAUAUGAAGGUGAUCAAGUUGUUCGAGAUCCACGACGCGGGCGCGUGCGUGGUGCGCCUCGCCGAGACCGCCAUCAGCAUCGCCGACAAAGACGACCCUAAUUUGGGCAUGUUCCAGUGGCUGGUGUUCAUCUGGCACCUGAACGGGGGCCGCGUGCAGCGCGCGCUAUCCGCCGCCGCCGCCAGCCCCGCGCCGCACGCGCGCGCCGCCGCCGCCGCCGCUCUGCUAACCACACUUGCGCAACGCAACCAGCUCGAGCAGCUAGUGACCUGCGGCGCGCUGUCGGCCGAGGCGGAGCGGGCGGCGGCGUCGCGCGCGCGCCUACACGAUGCGCACGCGCACAACCCGUACUACGACUUCUUGUACGCGCUGCACGUGCACAGGCAUCAUUAUAGGAAAGCGGCAUCAGUGAUGUACGAGCGCGCGUCGCGUUGCACGACGGAGGGCGGCGGGCGCGCGGCGCGCCGGCGCUACCUGGCGGCCGCGCUCACCGCGCUGCAGCUGGCCCAGCCGCGCCACGCCUUCCUGUGCCGCGCCGUGCCCGUGCAGGUUAUUGGCAUCGAAGAGCUAGAGGCGGAGCUGCGUGAAGAGGACCCCGACUCCAUGGACGCUGUGCAGCAAGCAUUACUCACGGGUGAGAGCCUGGACUUCAACGCACUCUACCCUCAGCUGAAGGAAGCCCCCUCGGACACUCUCCUAGCCGUGUUGAAGCGCGUCGUCACCACGGGGCAGUACCUGCCGCGCUGGUUCAUACACAGAUACAUGGAAGUAGACAGCAGCGGUUGCAUCCGCGCGCUGCUCGCCUCAGGACGCGCCGUGGAAGCAGCCGACGCGUGUUGCGGUGCGUUCAGAAACGCACUGCGCAGACUGAACGCGACCGCGCCCGUCGCCGCCGCGCCGCUCGCCGCCGCCGACCUGCUGAGGGCCGAGCUGCAGCAUCAUAGGGACGAUGACACGUGCCGGGAGAUCUAUGAAGAACUAGAUUCUUUAGUGACAGAAUACAAGCAAGUUGUUGUAAGAACCAGUGAUGAUAUGAAAUUAGCUCGCAUCCAGUUCCCAAUCGCCACUUAGCUAGUAAUUAUAUAAUAAUCAUAAUUUGUGUUAAUUUUUUUCUUACAUUAAUUCAAUAAAAAAUAAAUAAGAUUUGAGAAAAAAACUUUUAAUUCAAUAUACCCUUAUAAAACUAGUCCGAUAAGAAUAAGCAAUAAGAGUACAUUAGGGUUGUCAUUAUUACAGUUUACGCAUUUUGUUCCUUCUUAUUUCCAAGUUUUACUUAAACUAGGUCUACGUACUUGGGCAGUACUUACAUAUUUGAAAUGCCUGAAUAAAUACUUAAUUACACCUACACCAAAAACCACAGCCAAAUCAAUAUUGCCACAGCUAAUUUAACUAAAUAAAACCUACUGUCCAAAUAAACAUUAAUUUAUUUAUCAUCACACUCACACUACGUAG